AUGCACGCGCAAUGUUUCAACGGGUUACCACCAGCUCCCUCACCAGUACCAGUGCCAGUACCAGUACUAGCACCACCACCACCAUCAAGCGCAAUCCCUAGGAGGACUUACUCUUUCGCUAUACAAAAAAACAUGAAUGCGCGACCGAAACGUCUACUAGGAUCACACAAAUAUGCAUUCCACAUACUUCUCCUACUAGGAGGCCUUCUUGUCCUUCUCACCUCAUUAUCAUACACCUCAACCUUGAAUGGUCCCGACAAGUCGACGUGCAGAGUAGUCUGGAUGUACCCGGCAUUUGCCCGGCUCAAGUCCUUUGACGAGUCGCAUACGCCCUACGCGAAGAAAUACUCGCUUUAUCUAUAUCGCGAACAAGGCAAGGACAAAAUGCCCCACCAUGAUAAUGGUGGAGAUGGCGGAGAUAUUGGCUUGGAGGGCAUGCCCGUCUUGUUCAUCCCCGGCAACGCGGGCAGUUUCAAACAGGGCCGCUCGAUAGCAGCACGCACCGCCGAGCUAAUGAGCCAAGAUGCAUCAUCGAGGCGGGGACUCGAUUUCUUCACGGCGGAUUUCAACGAGGACUUUACGGCGUUCCACGGACGCACGAUGUUGGACCAAGCUGAAUUCAGCAACGAGGCCAUCAAGUAUAUCCUUGCGCUCUAUGCACAAUCAAAACAUCAACCGCCCCCAUCGCAUGUUUAUAUCGUGGGCCAUUCCAUGGGUGGGAUCGUGGCGCGCAUCAUGAUGACGUUGCCUAAUUACCAACAUGGUUCAAUUGAGACGAUUGUGACUUUAAGCUCGCCGCAUUCGACGUCGCCGUUGACGUUCGAUGGCGACUUGAUCAAGGUUUACGAUGCCGUGAAUAAGUUCUGGCAAUUGGGAUUCAAGCCGGAUGAAGAUGCAGGGGGUGAUGGUGACGAUGAGGUGGUUUCGCGAGUCGCGCGCGAGAGGUUGCGUGACGUAGUGGUGAUUUCGUUAACUGGUGGCGCGCUAGAUUCAACGUUACCGGCGGACUACACUACCCUCGCGGGCGUGGUGCCGGAAUCCAAUGGAUUCACUUCGUUUUCCACUGGUAUGCCACUAGUGUGGACCCCCAUUGAUCAUUUGGCUGUGGUAUGGUGUCAACAGUUGCGAACGAGGAUCGCGAAGGCAUUGUUGGAGGUGGUUAAUUUGGACCCAAAACAGGACAAGUGGCUAGUUCAGCGGAUGGAGGUUUUCAAGCGUUAUUUCUUGAGCGGGUUUGAACCGUAUGCUCAAUUGGAGCAGCAGCAGCAGCAACAACAAGAACAACAACAACAGCUGGAUCUGGUUGAGAUGGAGUUGGAGUUGGAGGGUCAAGAAGUGAGGGAACUUGAAAUUAAUAAGCGAUAUACAAAGGGGGAACUUUCGAGUGGUAGUCGUCUGGUUUUCAAGUUGAACCGGGACGAUGAUUUGCAUUUCACGUUGUUGUCUUCCGUGCCACUCGAUGACGCAGUUUCAGUUUACUUGUGUGCCUUGAGUGAGGUUGGAAAUAAUAAAGGUAACCUUUUAUGUUCAUCGGUGAAGCAGAGAGAGACCACUAUACCUAGAUUCACCAAGGACGUAACUGAAGUUGCCGACUCAUCAUACGAUGGAGAGAAAACACCAUUCUACAAUUUGGAGCUCGACUCAAAGCUUCUUAAAAAAUACGACUAUGUUAUAAUAGAGGGCAGCACUGAGCCCAUGGAGUUCUUUACGGCUCAACUAACUACAAACAAGGUGAGUUAUAAAGUACCGGGAAACACAUUCACUCUUGUCACCAAGGGAAACUCGAUCGAUUUACCUUCUAAUCGUCCCAUCAUGACUGAUGUCAGAGUACCGCAAGCAUGGAACAGUUUGUUUGUCUACAAAGUUGCAUUUAAAGGUUUGCUUCACGGUGCCAAUUUCAACACCUUCAUCAGGCAAUACACCGCCAGCCCCUUUGAAACCAAGUGGCAUGUAAAUUUCAACGAGCCGUUAGCGUUGACCAUGCACGGGAUCGCGCCGUUUGUUCCAUACAGUGUCCAUUCCGACUAUUCACUAAACUUGCAACUAUGGUCAGAUGACGUAGGGGAGCAAGACAAAGACGGCCAUCUCAAAGUGACGGUUCUGGUUGAUUUUUUGGCUAGUUUGAAAUUGUUGAUCUUGCGUUACAGAUUGACCCUUGUUGCAUUCAACGUGGCCUUGAUUGCACUUGUCAUAUGUGUUCAAUUGGGGUCAAGUUUUGACAAAUUCCCCAGUUUCUUGCAGACUUUAGCACGAUUGAACCAGAGAUGGUGGUUGGUGAUCUUGGUGGUUUUAGUUGCAGUUAACCCGAUACUCCAUAUACCUUUUGUCAAGCAUAUUGUGUUGUUGAUCAACCCUGCUGCGUUCCAUACCGGCCGGGACGAUUCUGCCAUCAUGACCAGCGGUGCAUCUCCAUUUAAUGUAAAUUUGUUGUAUGUGGGGCUCAAGGAAAACCUUACCGUGGUUGGGGUCAUACUAUACUUGAUUUCCAAUUUCAUCGUGGCGAUGACUUAUAUUGCAAUCUUGGCAGUGGUAUACAUUGUCAAUUUUGUUAUAAGCUCGUUACCAUUCUCCUCGAAAAAGACAACAAGACUAGGAACAAGAGUAUCCAAAUCGUCAAUUUAUUUAUUCACCAAGAUCCAAUUUGUUGCCACUGCAGCCACACUUUUACUUAUCCCAAUCUACCUCCCCUAUCAAAUAGUCUAUCUCGUGUGCUGUUUCAUUCAAGUGAUAAACAGCAUAAAAGCAUAUCCUCGUCCCACCACCAACAACCACCAUUUGUUCCACUUUCAAAUCUCGUGGUUGUUGCUCAUGCUAUGGAUCCUACCGAUAAACAUCCCCAUCUUGGUUGUGUUUAUCCAUAAUCUUGCAGUCGACUGGAAGACUCCAUUCAGCUCGCACCAUAAUCUACUAUCCGUCGUGGCCAUCUUAGCCGUGGUUAAACUCAAUAGUGGAUUGCACGAUGUUGAUAAACUCGGUGAUUAUCCCAUGUUGCGUCGAGUGUUGCAGUUGGCGUUGAGUUAUAUCGUGAUGUUUGCGUUGCUUUAUGGGAGCCGAUACACUUUUUUCAUUCAUCAUUUGUUUAAUAUGUUGAGUUGUCUUGUGUUUGCUUGGUUGUAUUUGGGAGACACUAAGCAAGGUGAAGGUGCCAGCGACAGUGACGUUGAAAAAUGA